AUGGCCAAAGCACUCGAUGCCAACAACGCAGACAAAAUCUUCGUACUCGGUCGACGCGAAGACGCCCUCCAAGAAACUUCCUCCCAAACAAUCCAUAAUUCCGUCAUCCCGAUCCAAUGUGAUGUCACCUCCAAAGAGUCCCUGGAGGCCGCCUACCAGGCCGUCGCGGCACAGACAACGCACGUGGAUCUCCUCAUUGCCAAUAGUGGAAUCAUGGGUCCUCUCAUGAAGCCUCCACAGCCUGCAGCAGAUGGAUCACUUCCGCCCCUUUCGAAGGUCCGGGAUGAGCUCUUCAACAUCCCAAUGGAGGAGUUUAACAACGUCUUGAACGUCAAUGUCACCGGUGCAUAUUACACCUUCCUGGCAUUUUUGCCUUUACUCGAGGCCGCCAAUAAGAGACGGGCCGCGCCACAACCGGGCGUUCUUUCGUCGCCCACCGCACAAGUGAUCAUCACUAGUUCGAUCGCGGGAUAUAAUCGGAAAGUGCCGUUCAGCUUCGCUUAUAAUACUUCCAAAGUUGCGACAACUCAUCUGGUGAAGAUGCUGGCGACCAAUUUUGCCGAUUACGACAUUCGGGUUAAUGGUAUUGCGCCAGGGCUUUACUACUCGGAAAUGUCGACCCACGUGUUCAAUAGCGGUGGGGUUCAGGGCCAGGGAGUAUCCGAGGGCUCGUUCCCGCGAGAGAUGAUUCCUGCUACUCGGAGUGGUAGUGAGGAAGACAUUGCUGGUCUGGUUAUUUGGUUGGCCAGUAACUCCGGUGGCUAUAUUAAUGGUAACAUUGUAAUUACGGACGGUGGCCGCAUUUCCGUCGUGCCAGCAGUCUACUAA